AAUCCCCGCAAACCCAAACGUGAGCGGAACGGCCUCCCCUGAUCCCAGUCCAGGAGGCAGCAACGACUCCCCCACCACUCGCCGACACCAGUUCGUUCCCCUCCCAAUCCCAAACUCCACCACGCCACAGCGCCUCGAGUCGAUCCCAGCAUGACGCAGGAAGGCGCGCAGCAGGCGCCGGUGAACUUCUGGGGCGAGCAUCCGGCCACGGAGGCGGAGUACUACGCGUCCCACGGGGCGGAGGGCGAGUCGUCCUACUUCACCCCGCCGGGGGCCAGCCCGCGCCGCCUCUUCACGCGCGCGUGGCGCCCCGCGGCCGCGGGGGGCACGCCGCCGCGGGCGCUCGUCUUCAUGGUCCACGGCUACGGCAACGACAUCAGCUGGACGUUCCAGUCCACGGCCGUCUUCCUGGCCCGCUCCGGCUUCGCCUGCUUCGCCGCCGACCUCCCGGGCCACGGCCGCUCCCACGGCCUCCGCGCCUUCGUCCCCGCGCUCGAGCCCGCCGUCGCCGACCUCCUCGCUUUCUUCCGCUCCGUUAAGCAGCGGGAGGAGCACGCGGGGCUGCCCUGCUUCCUGUUCGGGGAGUCCAUGGGCGGCGCGAUCUGCCUGCUCAUCCACCUCCGCACGCCCCCCGGGGAGUGGACGGGCGCCGUGCUCGUGGCGCCCAUGUGCAGGAUCUCCGACCGGAUCCGCCCGCCAUGGCCGCUGCCGCAGAUCCUCACCCUCGUCGCGCGGUUCGCGCCCACGCUCCCCAUCGUGCCCACCGCCGACCUCAUCGAGAAGUCCGUCAAGGUGCCCGCCAAGCGCCUCGUCUCGGCCAGGAACCCCAUGCGCUACAACGGCCGGCCCAGGCUCGGCACCGUCACCGAGCUGCUGCGCGCCACCGACGAGCUCGGCGCGCGCCUCGGCGAGGUCAGCGUCCCGUUCCUCGUCGUGCACGGCAGCGCCGACGAGGUCACCGACCCUGCCGUCAGCCGCGCGCUCUACGAGGCCGCCGCCAGCAAGGACAAGACCCUCAAGAUGUACGACGGGAUGCUCCACUCCAUGCUCUUCGGGGAGCCGGACGAGAACAUAGAGCGCGUGCGCGGCGACAUCCUCGCCUGGCUCAACGAGAGAUGCACGCCGGCGGCAACAUCUUGACACCAUUCGGAUUGUGAAAUGACCAAUUGUACACCAAAAUUGUUUUGAUAUGCAAGUGUGCAACGAUUAUACAUAUACGUUCACUUUUAAAUAAACUGACUUGGUGCUUUACA